AUGUUGGGCAGUCACUCGCAACAUGGGUCACGGGACCAAGGCUACCACAGCCACGACACUAGCGAAGAGGGAGGCUCUCAGAGCGAGAUACCUGGGAUCGAGCGUAUGGCCGACCAAGAUUACCUCGACAAGCUGAAUCUGCAAGCACGAGAUGCGUCUGUGUCCGCCAUGGUCGUUCUGUUCCCUGGUGAGACAGAGGCGGAAUUUGAUGCCGUCUUCGCUGGUCUCACAGAGCUCAUCAUUUACUAA